ACGUGUCAACUGUCAAGUCUCAUACUCAAUCAACGCUACGUGUUAAGUAGCCGUCACUAGGAAUAAAUAAAUAAUGCGUCACUCACAAACAGUUCCAACCACACUACUCAAUACUCAUCAAUGGAAUCUGAAAUCGUCUCUGAGUUUCUUCCUUUUGUUCGUAUUUACAAAGACGGUACCAUCAAGCGACUUAUCGGCAACGACAUCAUCCCGACGUCUCUAGAUCCAUCAAACGACGUCGUUUCAAAAGACGUUGUAUACUCCCCCGAGCACAACCUCUCCGUUCGUCUUUUUCUCCCUCAUAAAGCCGCCGCCGCCGCCGACGGCGAGAAAAAACUGCCUCUGCUUAUCUACAUCCACGGCGGAGCUUGGAUCAUCGAGUCGCCUUUCUCCCCAAUCUACCAUAACUACGUCGCGGCGGUUGCUAAAUCCGCUAACUGCCUCGCCGUAUCGGUUCAGUACCGUCGUGCGCCGGAACAUCCGGUUCCGGCGGCGUACGAAGAUGUAUGGUCCGCGAUCCAGUGGACUUUCUCUCAUGCUAACGGAUCUGGUGGUCCUGAAGAUUGGAUUAACAAACACGCCGAUUUCGGGAGAGUGUUCCUCGCCGGAGACAGCGCCGGAGGUAACAUAUCGCAUCACCUGGCGAUGAAAGCCGGUGAAGAGAAGAAGCUAGGUAUCAAAAUCAAAGGAAUCGGAGUUGUUCAUCCAGCUUUCUGGGGAACAGAUCCGGUCGAUGAGUUCGAUGUGCAAGACAAAGAGACGAGAAGCGGAAUCGCGGAGGUUUGGGAAAAAGUCGCGAGUCCGAAUAGUGUCAACGGAACUGACGACCCGUUGUUUAACGUAAACGGAUCCGGGUCGGAUUUUACGGGGUUGGGUUGUGAGAAGGUUUUGGUUGCGGUGGCUGGGAAAGAUGUGUUUGCGAGGCAAGCUUUGGCUUACGCGGCGAAGCUGGAGAAGAGUCAGUGGGGAGGGACUGUGGAAGUGGUUGAGGAGAAAGAUGAAGGACAUGUGUUUCAUUUGCAGAAACCUGAUUCUGAUAAGGCUUUGAAGUUUUUGAACAAGCUUGUCGACUUCAUCAGUGGUUGAAGAAUGAUAUUUUUUAUAUAUAUAUGUUCUUGAAUCUUGAUGAUUCUAAAGUACUAUGGUAUUUGUUUCUUUUUUUAAUUUGAUUUUGGUUAUGUAAUCCUUAUGUUUUCAUGUAAUAAAAUAUUGGUAAUUUGUUGAUGACA